AUGGUACUUGUGGUUUUGUGUAUUUGGUGGUACUAUGGUACUAGUUUUGCUCCCGGAAGCGGCGUCGGCGGAACGACAGGUUCAGCGGCGGCGCCCCCAGGAACGACAGGUUCAGCGGCGGCGCCCCCCGGAACGACAGGUUCAGCGGCGGCGCCCCCCGGAAGGCGAGGAGGACGCGCCCCCCGGAACGGCAGGUUCAGCGGCGGCGCCCCCAGGAACGGCAGGUUCAGCGGCGGCGCCCCCGGCGAGGGGACGCGCCCCCCGGAACGACAGGUUCAGCGGCGGCGCCCCCCGGAACGGCAGGUUCAGCGGCGGCGCCCCCCCGGAAGGCGAGGAGGACGCGCCCCCAGGAACGGACAGGUUCAGCGGCGGGCGCCCCCCGGAGGCGAGGAGGACGCGCCCCCGGAACGACAGGUUCAGCGGCAGCGCCCCCCGGAAGGCGAGGAGGACGCGCCCCCGGAACGACAGGUUCAGCGGGCGCCCCAGGAACGACAGGUUCAGCGGCGGCGCCCCCAGGAACGAGGGGAGACGGCGUUCAGGAAGGCGAGCAGGACGCGCCCCCCAAACGACAGGUUUCAGCGGCGGCGCCCCCCGGAACGGCAGGUUCGGCGCCCCCCGGGGUUAAGGCCCCGGACGCGCCCCCCAGGAAACGAAGGCGGCGGCGCCCCCAGGAACGACAGGUUCAGCGGCGGCGGCCCCGCCCCGGCGGCAGGGCAGGUUCAGAACGGCAGGUUCAGCGGCGCCCCCCCGGAAGGCGAGGAGGACGCGCCCCCUGUUCCCGCGACUCCGGAGGCAGCAAGGCUCACGCGCAGUGUCGAAGGAAAAAAGACCUGUUUCUUUGACGAACACGGCGGGGCCUCCGCGGCGGGCGUCAAUAUCUCACGAGAAGCGGUCCCCCGGGGUCCGCCACGACUCUGUUCAGCAAUAAAGCUAAUGUUCACCACCUGGACCGUUGUUCAUUAUUCAGGCGGCAACGUGUCGUCAAGCAAGGGGGCGAGGGGAGUCUCCGACGCCACGCCGACAGAGUUUUAG